AUGACGGUGCCUCCACGGAGAUGGAGAGCAGAACUUAGGGCUCUGGGCACCGAAGGUCUCCCGUCGCUGCACGGGGGAAGCAGCCCGGUGUGGGGCAGCGGGUGCCAGCCCCCUCCACGUCCGUCUGUUUUCCCAGCUGGAAAAAAGCUCAGGGAAGGGACCUGGCAGGAGCAGGCCUUCCAUGGCUCCAGGCUGAGGUUAAGCCACCCUGGAGCUGGGUGGCACAGGCUGGAUGCGGGGGGAGAGCCGCAGCUGCAGCAGCUCAAAUGCCCCCCCCCCAGCAGCGGCUGUGCCAGGGCUGCCGCCUCCGCCAGUGCUGGGGGAGCCUCGGGCUCCCACAGGAACGGGGCUCCGGGGACCGUGAGCGCCUGCUGCCCUGAGCCACGGAGCUGGCCGGGGAGCAGCGGGACCUGCCGCAGAGCCCUUCCAGCCCUGGGAGCUUCAGAUGCGGCGCGGCGCCCUCCCGCUGGCAGCAUGAGCCUGUCCUUCCUCGGCCUCCUCCUCCUCGCCCUCCUCGCCCGCGCCAGGCGGGAGCAGGUGCCCGGCGGGGCGCCGGCCGGCCGCGCCGCCCCCGCGCCUUCCUCCUCCCCCUCCUCCCCCUCCUCCUCCUCCUCCUCCUCGGCGGCGGCGGCGGCGGCGGGGCCGAGCCGCUUCCCGCGGAGCCGCCCCGGGCGCCGCCGGGGCCGCCUCUACUGCCGGGUGGGCAUCGGCUUCCACCUGCAGCUGCACCCCGACGGCCGCGUGGACGGCGCCCACCACGCCGGCCCGCUCAGUAUUUUGGAAAUAUUUGCUGUGUCUCAGGGGAUUGUAGGAAUACGAGGAGUUUUCAGCAACAAAUUUUUAGCGAUGUCAAAAAAAGGAAAACUCCAUGCAAGUGCCAAGUUCACCGAGGACUGCAAGUUCAGGGAGCGGUUUCAGGAGAACAGCUACAACACGUACGCCUCCGCGGCCCACCGCAGCGAGCGGUCGGGGAGGGAAUGGUACGUGGCCCUCAACAAGCGGGGCAAGGCCAAGCGGGGCUGCAGCCCCCGCGUGAAGCCCCAGCACGUCUCGACCCACUUCCUCCCGCGCUUCCGGCUCGUCGAGCAGCCCGAGCUCGCCUUCACCGUCGCCGUCCCCGAGAGGAAGAAACCCCCGGCCCCCGCUCCGGCGAAACCCCCGGCGGCCACGCCGCGCAAAAAUCCCGCUCCCGUCAAAUACCGCCUCAAGUUUCGCUUCGGGUAG